AUGGCGCAGGUUCUCGCCAGCGGAAGCGGUUGUGACCUGGUAGAUUUAGUACUAGCGACUUCGAAAUCCAUCUUGCAGAUUGCCAAAGUUCUCAGUGGUCGCCAGACUGAUAGAGAAGUAAAGAAGCUCUUGCGUCUUUUCAUCGUCCACUGCAUGCUGGUGUUUGACCAGGUCCAGCGGAUUAGGACUUUCCUGGUCACAGAAAACGACCUCCUUCGUCGAGUUCUCGGCUUGUUUGAGUCUCUUAUCGCGCUCGAUGCCACAUCGAAUCAUCCUUAUGGACGUCAGCAGGGGCUCAAUAAGCGUUGGGAUGUCAUACGGACCCAGAAUUCGGAUGCCAAACUUGCAUUUGCCAGCCAUUGUUUGGUCUUGGACCGAACUUCGACCCUGCAUGCUUUGGAUGAGUCCUUCAAUGUGUGGGAGGAAGACGUGAUAGCAAAAUAUCCAGAAGAUGGAUUGGACUGGUCAUUAGAUAACUACAGCACAGGAAAAGAGAGAAGAACAGAGCCAUCAUACGCUGUGCAUAGCGCAGCACGGUCAAUGUUCAAGGCUCUUGCUCAAAGCACGAGUUGUGAGUGCUGUACCAAGCAUGAUGCUCUGCUCUGUCUUCGCACAUACAGCACGCCUGAAGUUUAUCAAGGCGAUGAUAAUGAAUCCAAUGACUUUGAGAUGCUCCUUUCAUCGCACCAUGACUGGCAAGAAAUACAUGUGCGCACUAUCCGGGAACGUGCUGUGCACUUCAUUGUCGACAACGAGACACAGCCAUCGCUACCACCGAAGGAAGAACUGGACUACAAGCCUAUGCCAGUCAAGAAACUCUGUGAUCAGCUAAGAAAGAUGCAACAAAUGGCCUCAAAAAGGCUCGAGCUCAAGGUCGAGAACGGUCAUCUCUUCAAGCUGCGGUCCGAAAAGAGCAAGUUUCGCAUCGACAAAAGAAAAGCCCCCGUAUCAUUGCAAGAGUUCAUUAGAGAUAGCCCUCGAUCCCUAACAGAAAAAACCAAACGAAUCCUCGCCGUUUUAUUAAGCUAUACAGUUCUUCAUCUACAUGAUACCCCAUGGCUUCAACCCAGUUGGAAUUCCUCAACCAUCCUAUUUUUUCAAACAUUGUCCGCCAAUAUUCCCUUACGACCGUUUAUACAAACUCAAAUAACUGUUGAAGAUCUCAAUGAUCAGGGUCAGGACGAGCAAAAGCCCCAACCCAAUGCUGGUGGUGUUGAGUUCCUUGGGAGAGAUCCUGACGGUACGGAUCCUGACGACAUAUUUACGGAUCCCGAUGAAAUCGAGCAUCCAUUUCCAACUCUAGUCACCCUUGCUAUUGUACUCAUGGAGCUGUAUUUAGCGGCGCCAUUCGAUAUACUCGCCAAGAACUGUGAUUUGGACUUUGAUGGAAAUGUCGACAGGGGAUCGCUCAAUGUGGCAUCCGUGUUCAACGAAUAUAAGCGAGAAAUUCCCCAAAAUUCUCAAUUUCAUUAUGCUUUAGAAAAGUGCCUCGAUCCUAGGAUCUGGAAAGACAACAAUGGUCGGAAGCUCGAUAAUCAGGCGCUGAGCAUCAGGCUUUAUAGAGAGGUUGUCCGACCACUUGAAGAUGAGCUGUGUGAUGCCUUUGACUUUAUCAAAAUCGAGGAAAUCGAUGCAACUGCCGAGAAUUUGGACUUCAGGAGCUGGGGACAGGCGAUUUAUCAACAUGAGGAAGAUGCUUCUUCCUGGGGCAUGCCAGUAUCUCUAACAGAGGAAAUAUUCUCCAAUCAACGCCGUGAUUGGGCAAAGAUAAAUCCUCCUAUUUCGUCUCAUGCCCCUAGCCCUUGUUUCGGAUCAGGCCAUCACUUACCUACGGGCUCUGAGUACGUGGCCGCUCAGUUCUAUGACGAUGAAAAGCCUUCCGAUAGCCAUUCACGUCUAGAAAUGGACGAUUAUAUGCAAUGGAGAUUGAAACAUCAAGCGGUCCAUCGGAAGUUCAUAGAUCCCUUCCUAAAACAACUGCCAGGGAAUCCCGUCAAAAUUGCGGUCCUUGACUCCGGCGUAGACGACACACAUAUAUUACUCGAUACUGGCCAAAUUAAACUUAAGAGAAAUUGGACGACAGCAAAGAAGAAGGAUGUUACCGAUCACUUUGGUCAUGGAACCUUUACAGCUAGUUUAUUGAUAGAUUAUGCUCCGGACUCGCAAUUAUUCAUUGCUAAGGUUGCUGAAGGAGCUCCCUCGCCUCCUGAAGUCGUUGCAGAGGCAAUAAUGACAGCUGUAGAUGAGUGGAAGGUCGACAUUAUCUCUAUAUCUUUUGGAUAUCCUACCAACCAGAUGGAAGGCUAUGAGCAGCUUGAAAAUGCCAUAUUAUAUGCCUAUUCCAAGCGCGUUCUUCUUUUUGCGGCUGCCUCAAACAGCGGGGCGAACCUAGACCGAGCCUAUCCUGCUCGCGAUCCUCACGUCAUCUGCGUUCACUCAACGGACUCGAACGGGAACAGGUCGAGAUUCAGCCCAACACCGCUUGCUCAAGAAUCCAACAUUGCUACCGUUGGGGAAGCCGUCGAGUCUGCAUGGCCUGUCAAGCUCUGCAACACGGAAACAAACUCACAGUGUGUACAAUGGAAGUCGGGAACCUCAUCUGCCACGCCAAUAUUAGUAGGCAUUGCGGCAUUCCUCUUGCAGUAUGCCAGGAUUCACCUGCCAGACAAAGCCCAUAUGCUAAGGCGUCAAGAGAAGAUGAAGAGCGUGCUUUUGAAAAUAUCUGACAAGACUCAGCAAUCUAUAACCCGUGAUGGUUAUAACUACAUUGCACUCAAUCUGUUUGCGGAUAAUCUCUUUGGGAAAAGCAAAGUUUUCAUAGAUGAAACCAUUGGGGAGUUGUUGAAACGUUAA